CUUUGGUCAUGUCUGGAGCGUUGACUGUUGGACUACUGCUGCUGUGGGGCAGCGCCUGCCUGUGGCUGCCCAGCCCUGCUCAGGGAGAUUUGGUCAUCCCUGGACCAGAUGGAGCUGCCAAGGAGACAAGACAUCCUGCUAGGACACUGCAGAAAAGAAGUACGCAGAAUGUCAUGGUGGACGUGUACAGUAUGAAGGUGGACUGUACUGUGACGUCCCGUUUCGCUCACACUGUCAUGACCUCCACGGCUCGGAACAAAGGCGACGUCUCGCAGGAAAUCUUCUUUGAAAUGGAGCUCCCAAAGACGGCCUUCAUUACCAACUUCACCAUGGAAAUUGAUGGUCGAGUUUAUGUAGGAGAGGUGAAGGAGAAAGAGAAAGCCAAGAAACAGUAUGAGAAGGCGAUUUCUUCAGGACAGACUGCUGGACUGGUCAAGGCUUCUGGGAGGAAGAUGGAGACGUUUUCAGUGUCUGUCAACAUUGCAGCAGAAAGUAGCGUCACUUUCGUUUUGACCCACGAGGAGCUCCUUCAGAGGAAACUGGGCCAAUAUGAAAUUCUGACCAGAGUAAAACCCAAACAACUGGUCCAGGAGUUUCAGAUUGUAGCGAACAUCUACGAGCCUCAAGGCAUUUCUUACGUUGACACCCAUGCGACGUUCCCCUCCAACGACCUGCUCCCGCUGGUGGAGAAAACUGUCACAGAGAAGAAGGCACACAUUGCCUUCAAACCAAGUUUGGAACAGCAAAAAAAAUGUCCAGCCUGUGAUGGAACGUUGAUUGAUGGAGAUUUUGUCAUCAAGUAUGAUGUGAACCGCGCAACGAGCCUCGGGGACAUUCAGAUUGUCAACGGAUAUUUUGUGCACUUCUUUGCACCACCCAGCCUGUCAAGAGUGCCAACAAAUGUGGUGUUUGUAAUUGAUAGGAGUGGUUCAAUGUACGGAAAUAAAAUACAACAGACCCGAGAGGCAAUGCAAGCCAUCCUUCAAGAUCUGAAAGAGGAUGACUACUUUUCCAUCAUCCUGUUUGAUGACCAAAUCACUUGUUGGAAGGAAACAAUGACCAGAGCGACAAAGGAGAACUUGGCUGAGGCCACAAAAUACAUCAAGAACUUGAGGGACAGAGGAGGCACUAACAUAAAUGAUGCAUUGUUAAGAGGUGUGGGGAUGCUCCAGAAAGACAAAGCAGAUAAGAGGAUCCCAGAGAGAAGCAUUGACAUGAUCAUUUUACUCACUGAUGGAAUGCCCAAUUAUAGUGAGACCAAUCCAAAAAAGAUCCAGGCCAAUAUGCAUGCUGCCAAUAGUGGAAACAUGACUCUAUUCAGUCUUGGAUUUGGAAGUGAUGUGGAAUAUGGCUUCUUGAAUGUGCUGAGCCAGGAAAACAACGGACUGGCUCGUAGAAUCUUUGAGGCCUCAGAUGCAGCUCUUCAACUGAAGGGUUUCUAUGAGGAAGUUUCCAGCCCGCUGCUUUCUGAGGUGAAUUUACGUUACCCGGACAACGCGGUGGAUUUGCUGACCACCAACCACUUUAGCCAGUUGUUUAAUGGUUCUGAAAUUGUGGUGGCUGGUCGGCUGAUUGACAAUAAACUGGACAACUUCCCGGUGGAAGUGGUUGCCCAGGCGUUUGAGGAGGACUUCCAAGUGCAGAGCCAGACCAGUGCUCUGGAUUGGGCCGCCAUUUACCCUGAUGAAGAGUACAUCUUUGGGGAUUUCACAGAGCGCCUAUGGGCUUACCUCACCAUCCAGCAGCUACUGGAUAAGAGCAAGACUGGUAGCCAGGAGGAGAAAUCCAAUGCCACAGCCAGGGCCUUGGAUAUGUCCCUACAGUACAGUUUUGUCACCCCUCUCACCUCCAUGGUGGUCACCAAGCCUGAGACUGGGGACAAACCAGAUAGCCCUCUCAUCGCUGAUAAGAUGACUGAGGAGGAAAGACAACAGUCAGAGCGAUACUCCUAUCAUCAUCGCCACAUGUCACCCACAUAUUUAGUGGAUGGAGAUCCCCAUUUUAUCGUUGAGCUCCCAGACAAAGAUGAUGCCGUGUGCUUCAACAUCAAUGACAAACCAGGAACUAUUUUCACCCUAGUUGAAGACUCAAAGUCAGGUAUUUUGGUGAAUGGCCAAAUAAUUGGAGACAAGCAAAUUCCUGUUGAUGGUCAAAUCAAUACCUACUUUUGGCGUUUUGGCAUACGUCAUAAAAGUUUAGGCGUGAGAUUGGAGGUGAGCACUAAAAGCAUUUUAUUGCUCGAAGACGCCAAGCGGGUCAGUCUGCAGUGGUCUUACACAACUUCCCUCAAAGGAGACAACAUGGAUAUUCUUUUGAGCAAGGACCGCAGCCUAACAAUAACUCUAAAAGAUUCAGUCAAGUUUUUGAUCCUGCUACAUAAAGUGUGGAAGGACCACCCGUACCACCGGGAUUAUUUGGGUUUCUACACACUGGACACCCACCUCCUGUCACCUUCUGUUCACGGUCUGAUAGGUCAGUUCUACCACGGGAUUGAAUAUGAGGUCACAAACUUGCGUCCAGGAGAAGUCCCAGAGAAACCAGAUGCCACCAUGUAUGUCAAGGGACAAGAGCUCAAUGUGACUAGGGGCUGGCAAAGAGACUUCAGAAGAGAUGUGACGAAUGGAGAAAAUGUUCCCUGCUGGUUCAUUCAUAACAAUGGGACAGGCCUCAUUGAUGGAGAUGUCUCAGACUACAUUGUGUCGGGCCUCUUUAAAACUGUAUAGAAAAUACAUUUUCCUUACAUGACAAAACACUGAUCUAAUCAGUGAAAUGCAUGCACGAAAUAAAA